AUGAGUGCCCGACUCCUCCGUCCGUUAACACGGCGUCUGCCACCAACAAGCCCAGCAUGCCUCCGAUUAGUCAGACCGGGGACAUAUAACGUCUCUCAUUUCAACCCAGUAAUACACCGCAACACCACCUCUCUCCAGAUUCGAAGUAUCGCCAGGCCAUACUCCUCCAAACUCUCCCCCGGCGAAGGCAUGGGCCAUGCCACCCCCCAGAACCAAAAACAAGAACAGCAAUCCAACCAAGACCAAGAUAACCAAAAGUCCGACGGUUCAUCAUCAUCAUCAUCAUCAUCAAACUCCAAAAAGUCCAAACUCCUCCUCAUCGCCGCCCUCUUCUCCGGCUACCUCUUCCACUCCAUUAUUCUCCGCCCCAACGACCUCUCCCUAGGGGACGUCCCCGUCCUUCUGGGUAUCGUCUCCCCGCCCUCGCUAAACCCGACCUCUUUCGUGCCUUACACCAUCGUUGAGCGCGAGCAGGUAUCGCGUACGGCGUUCAUCAUCACUGUGGAACCCUUUGAUCCGCUCCACCGUCUCAUGGGUGGGAGUGAGAAGAACGCGAGGAAGAAUGCGAACAAGCUAAGAAAUGAGCUGCAGGAGGCCUGGAAUCACGGCUUGUGGUGCGUCGAGAUUAAACAGCCGCAGUUGCAGGUGGCGAGGGACUAUACACCCUUGCCACCGCCGGUGGGGCAGGAAAGAGAGGAGAUGCUCAGGGGACGAUUGAGGUUCUUGAUUAGGAAGAUGGAGGGCGGGGAGGUGAGCAGCUAUUUGAGUAAGCUGCAGGUGGGGGAUAAGGUGGAGUUGAGGGGCCCGCAUCUGGGAUUUGACGUUGCGAGGAGGCUUGUUGGUUCUUUGGAAAGCUCCAGCUCUGGUCACGGUGGUGGAAAAGAGCAAGGGGGGCGGGUGGUUUUCCUAGCUGGAGGUACUGGUAUUGCACCGGCGCUGCAGGUGGCUAGGAGGUUGUACGGCCCCGUGUACGAAAAGGGGAACGGGAAGAAGGAGGAGGAAUGGAAGGAAAUCGAGGGUAUGCCUGCCAUACCACCGAAGAUGACGAUUGUGUGGGCGAAUAGGUUCAGGGAGGAUUGUCCGGAUUGCGAGGACUUGGAGGCGUUGAGGAAGAGGGGGUAUUUACCACCUUCCCUUGAUAACGCUAAGAAUGCCGCUGCUGGUGGUAUUAUGCCUUAUCUCCAGGAUAUCAGAGCCCAUCACCCCGAGCAGUUCAACUACGCUUGCACAGUCGACACGGAGAAGAAGUUUAUUGACGCAAAGACUAUUCUUGACGCUGUUGUGUCUACCAGUCCCAACCCGAAGUCUUCUUCUUCCACCACAUCCUUCACCAAAAGCACGGCAAACCCCUCCUGUCCUCUCCAUUCCUCCUCCGCCUUAAUCAACGUCAGCGACAGGCAGGACCAUGAAGCCCGGUGCAAGUGCGCUUCUCCUACCAAUGGCAAGAACCUCCUCAUGGUCUCCGGGCCGGACGGGUUCAUCGCCCGGUUCGCUGGUCUCAAGGCUUGGUCCGAAGGGUUGGAGAGACAGGGACAUGUGGCGGGGGUGGCGGGUGAGUUGAUGAAGAAAGGGAAGAUGAACAAGGAGGAGUGGAUGGUUUUGAAGUUGUGAGUUGGGUUGGCUUGGUGGCUUGUUCGGAGUUGGAGACUGAGGAUGGGGUAUGUGGAUGGGAGGAAAGGAGGGGAUGGCAGCAUAGGGGCAGAGGGCUGGGAGGAGCGAGAUCGCAGUUUCUUGUUUGUUCUCUGCUUUCUGUAGACAUUCUCUGUAUCUGUACGCUGGGUUAUUGUAAGAUUAGGGUAAGACCUUGAACUAGACAAAAGUUUUGAUGAGUACUGGAUAGAAGGGAUAAUAUAGACGGAGAACUAA